UUCCGGUCACAAGACGGUCCGCUGACGGUCACAAAUUUUUCAGUCAAAGUUCGUAGAAUUUUUGUCAGAACUUCUUAAUGACACAUUUGUUUGGGGAUGUAACCCAAAAAAAUAUACAUUUGAGUUUGACAGUUCAGUAGUAGAACAUUAAUUGGUCAUAAUUACAAUAAAUAAAUUGUCGAAUUACAAUGGAGCGUAAUCUUGAAACAACAAUGGAAGAUGCAGUAAAAGCAGUAGGAAUAACAGGGUGCAUUUUGACGGACAAAUCUGGGCUCUGCCUUGGAGCAAAAGGAAAUAUUUCUCCAGACAGCGCAGGAAUCAUAGCUGCUAUUGCCAAUCAAGCUGCGAAAUUAGAUCCUGAGGAUGCUCCUAUAGUUUCUCUUCAAAGUGACUCUAGACAAUGUUUAAUUCAUCGACAUGGUCCAGUAAUAGGAGCUAUAUUUAAAAAUUUACCUCAAUGAAAAUCAACGUACGUUCUUGAGUUAUCAAAUUUUACAAUGGAUUUUUAAAUUUAUAAAUUUUAAUUUUUAUAUUGAAAAGAAAAAAAAAGGAAUUAUUUAUAUCGUGAUAUUUGUACAUAUGUUAAAACAAAAUUAAUGCAUUUAAUAAUGCUCGAUGGAUGUAUAGUAUUUAAUAAAUUUGAAUCAUUUAAAAUAUUGGAGUAACGUUCGCCGAAUUUCAAAACUUUUUGAUACGCAAAUAAAUAUUGGAAACGUAAAAUGGAGAUUCUUCAGCGUUUUCUAGAAUUUGAAGGGCUGAAAAUUUUGUAUUUUUGAGAAUUUUAAUUCGGCUCCGAGAAAAAACGUUUUGAAAUUAUCAUUUACCAAAAAUAUAUAUAAGGCGAGAUACCCAGUAUCCGAUCGGGGAACUAGUACUCGAUCACUUAUGUAUUUGUAU